AUGUCGAGCACAUUGCAGGAUGAUCUCUCGGUCGGUGACGUCUUCAGCCCUCAAGCUGACAUGUCGCAACCCCGCGAUGAGGUCAGCUUGAACAGCAACCAAACCGUCAGCUUUCGAAUGAGUGAUGCUAGCCCUGACCGCAAACAAGGGCUUUCCGAGAAGGGUGCCCGUGGAGGCAACCCUUUCCCAGCACCGAAACUGAAUGCGAAUCCGCUCCCCGGAAAGGUAGACCGACGAAAGAAGAAAAAGCAACAAGCCGCCCCAGCAAUCUCCACCGUUCGUGGUUUUACCCCCUUGGGUUCUGGCGAUGAGGACUCGGAUUUCUCGGCCUCUAGUUCACGCGCGCUGCGCUCUUCAGCGCGACCGGGUAAUAGCCCAAUGUCACAGCCAGCUUCAGGCCAUGGUGUUAGCGCUUUAAAACUUCAGCUCGAUUCGCUGAAUUUGUCCGGAGACCGCUCUCUCCAAGGCGCGCCAAGUGAUAUCGGUUCCGAGGCACAAAGCAACGCAAGUGUAUGCUCGGACAGUGACCAAACAGAGGUUCUGACCAGCUAUGAGGUGCCUCUGGAACACGACUACGUCAGCGCUGAUGCUGUAGCAGAGGAGAAGUCGUACAAUACGUCAAGUGUUACGGAUAUGCGCACCCAGCUUUGCCGGAAGAUGACCACAGACGACUUUGAGCCCCUACUCUGUCUGGGCAAAGGCUCUUUUGGUACCGUCCUGUUGGUGCGUCAUACGCUCACAGGUAAGCUUUAUGCUCAGAAACAGUUCCAGAAGGCCUCAAUCACCGUCCAUAAAAAGCUCGUGGAGCAGACCAAGACAGAACGUAUGAUUCUGGAGAGCGUCAACCGCCAUCCGUUUGUUGUCAAGCUUUUCUACGCUUUUCAGGACCAUGAGAAACUCUACCUCAUCCUGGAAUACGCCCAAGGUGGCGAGCUAUUCACGCAUUUAGCCAUGGAGCGCAUGUUCGAUGAAGAUGUGGCGGCCUUUUAUAUGGCGGAAAUGGUCCUUGCGCUCGAGCAUCUGCAUCAGAACGUCGGUGUGAUUUACCGUGACCUGAAACCUGAAAAUUGCCUUUUGGACCACGAGGGCCACCUUCUGCUGACGGAUUUCGGUCUUAGCAAGAUAUCUGCCAAUGAUGAUGACCGCUGCAACUCUUCGCUGGGGACCAUUGAAUAUAUGGCCCCAGAGGUCAUCCAGGGCAAGCCAUACGGCAAAGCUUGCGACUGGUGGUCCCUUGGGGCAUUGGCAUACGAUCUUCUCACAGGAUCACCCCCGUUCAAAGCCAAUAACAACGCCAAGCUGCAGGAGAAAAUCCUGAAGCAGAAGCUAACCCUGCCCUACUUCCUUGGCCCGGACGCCAAAGACCUGUUGACCCGUCUCCUUCGCAAGGAGCCAUCCAAGCGUCUUGGAUACCAUAUGCCCAAAGAUCUCCAGACGAUCAAGAACCACCGGUUCUUCCGCAAGAUCAACUGGAAAGCUCUUGCGCGCCGUGCAGUCACACCUCCGAUCGUCCCUGUUGUCACGGAUCCUGCACUUGCCGAGAACUUCUCGGACGAUUUUACUCAUCUGCCACUGAGCCCGAUCGUUGCUUCUGCCGGCUUCGAUGAUCACUAUGCCGCUCACCAGCGCAGCAGCCAGCGUCCCAUGUCAUCUGGCUACGACGUCAUGGGAGAAGAGAGCAACCCCUUCGGAGGAUUCAGUUUCGUCGCUUCCAGCAGCUUGCUUGAUCACGGACUGGGCAUCGCGACUAAAGGGUUUUGA